ACAUUCAACCUAGUUUUCGUUCAGUGUAUAUCAUUGUCCAUAAAUAAUGACCUCUAUUUCGCGUGCUACUAGCGUAUUUAGGAAGAAUCUCUUCCAAGGAAAAACUGCAAUUGUUACUGGGGGUGGAACUGGAAUUGGCAAGGGAAUUACCCAAGAACUAUUGUAUUUAGGAUGCAAAGUUAUGAUAGCUUCCCGGAAGAUUGAUAAAUUAAAAAGUGCAGCUGAUGAAAUAAAGAGAUCUUUCGAUUUCGAAUCCGAGAACUUACAAUUUGUAGAAUGUAAUAUAAGAAAGGAAGAUCAAGUUAAGAACAUGAUGCAAACAACAAUAGAACGUUUUGGAAAGAUCGACUUUCUGGUUAAUAAUAGCGGAGGACAAUUUUACAGUCCAGCGUCUAAUAUUAACUCCAAAGGUUUUAAUGCCGUCAUAGAGACAAAUCUAGUUGGAACGUUCUAUUGCUGCAAGGCUGCGUAUGAUUUGUACAUGAAAGAGAAUGGAGGGUGUAUUGUCAACAUAAUUGCCAACAUGUUUAACGGCUGGCCUGGAAUGAGUCAUUCUGGAGCAGCAAGAGCAGGUGUUGAUAAUUUGACCAAAAGUUUAGCUGUUGAAUGGGCACCAAACGGAAUUCGAAUAAAUUCUGUAGCUCCGGGAAGUUCAAUAUUUUCGGAUACUGCUGCUGCUAAUUAUGGUAGUUCGGAAAUAUUUGAUAACCAAAUACCAAGAAUUCCCGCUAAGCGUUUGGGAACAGUUGAAGAAGUGUCUGGUGUUGUAUGUUACCUAUUAUCACCGGCAGCAUCUUUUAUAACGGGUGAAACUGUUAGAAUAGACGGUGGCCAAAGUUUAUAUUCAACAAGUAUUCUUUGGGAAGUACCCGGUUAGUCUUUUAUUAGUAUAAUUUUGUAUCUUUUCCCUUCUUCCGUUCUUAUUAUAUUCAAUGUGUUGUGUUCUCCAAAACAGAACAUUCCAAAAUACCAGAGUU